UGUUUGUAAUUAAAAUCACAGAGUCAGCAAAUCCAUUCCAAAAUUUCCAUUCGAUCCCAUUAAAGAAUUGAGAGAAAAAUAGAUGGUUGUGGAAGAUACCCCAAAAUCAAGCAUGGCAGAGGAGAACCCUAAUAGGGUCAUGGCGGAGAACGACGACGACGACCUAGAAGAGGGUGAGAUCAUCGACGAAGAGGAAUCCUCCGGCGCUUCGAAAGCUCCGGCGACCCUUGUCCGGCAGCCUCACCCGCUGGAGAAUUCUUGGACUUUCUGGUUCGAUAGCCCUUCCGCUAAGUCCAAACAAGCCGAAUGGGGAAGCUCUAUCCGACCCAUUUACACUUUCGCCACCGUCGAAGAGUUUUGGAGCAUUUACAAUAACAUUCACCAUCCGAGUAAGUUGGCCGUUGGGGCGGAUUUCCACUGUUUCAAGUAUAGGAUUGAGCCAAAGUGGGAGGAUCCCAUCUGUGCUAAUGGGGGAAAAUGGACUGUGACUUUUCCUAAGGGAAAAUCUGAUACCAGUUGGUUGUAUACGUUGUUAGCGAUGAUUGGAGAACAAUUUGAUCACGGAGAUGAAAUAUGUGGAGCAGUUGUGAAUGUCAGAAAUAGGCAGGAAAAAAUUGCUCUAUGGACUAAGAAUGCUGCCAAUGAAGCUGCCCAGGUGAGCAUUGGAAAGCAGUGGAAGGAGUUUCUUGAUUAUAAUGAGUCCAUUGGCUUUAUAUUUCAUGAGGAUGCAAAGAACCUUGAGAGAGGUGCUAAGAACAAAUACGUCAUAAAAACUGUAUAGCGUUUUUAAACUGGUAGCAAUUGAAGGAUGCCGUACAUUUCAUGUGUGAAGUGGCAUGUAGAUGCCAUGUCUUUCCUCCGACAUGUAGCUGAGCUAAAUUCUAAGGCAGUUUUGUCUUUUAUUUGUUGUUUACGGAUAAUUUUUCAGACUGAAAUGUGUUUCAUUAAUAAUAGUCAUUUAGUUAAUUGCUUC